AACACAAACACCGUGUUGACGGAGCUGCGCAGAACUGAGUGAUGAGCUCCGCAGGUUCCACUGAUAAACCAUAACAGCAAAAACUCAUUCAUUCAGCCUGCAGAAUAGAGUUACUGCACUUACUGCAUUACUGUAUUUACUGCACCGUAACACAGGGGGGAGACGGGCGAUGCCACGGCGUAAGAGGAAUGCGUGCAGUAGCUCUGAUGGUACGGAGGACUCUGAUUUCUCGGCUGAUCACACAGACAGCUCGGAGAGUGAUGCUCAUGCGAACAAAAACACUCGUCUCACUCGCUCCUCACUCCGACUCAGCCAGAACUCCCAAGAUUCCAGCCCUGUUGGGAACCUCUCUCCUCUGGUCUCAGAAGAGGUGAUGAGCUUUUCCACCCGGAGAGUGACCCGUAGUCAACAGCAGGGGGAGCCAGUCCCACUCAAAAAAGGCCAUACAACUCGACAGCGGAGCGGCUCAGAGGCAGAUCACCAUGGGGGUAGGAGGCGACAACCCAAAAAUGUGAAGCAGGCGACAGAUCAGGAUGAAUCUCCACCCCGGACCCCCACAGGAAACGCCCACUCUUCUGAGUCUGAUAUCGACGUGUCCAGCCCUAAUGUGUCUCAUGAUGAGAGCCUGGCAAAGGAGCUCUCGCUCAGAGAGUCCAGCCUGGCCCACCGGCCCAAACGCCGGCGCUUCCACGAGAGUUACAACUUCAACAUGAAAUGCCCGACCCCUGGCUGCAACUCUCUGGGACAUCUGACGGGGAAGCAUGAGAGGCACUUUUCCAUAUCUGGGUGUCCACUGUACCAUAACCUAUCAUCAGAUGAGUGCAAGGUGAAGUCCAGCACUCGGGAUAAGCACGUUGAAGAGAGGACGCUGACCCACAGCCAGGAUGAUAAUCGACAUUCCACACGUCAUCAGGCCCCAGCGGAGCGGCAACUAUGCUACAAGGAGAAGGUGACCGAAAUGAGGAGGAAGAGGAACUCUACUCCUCUGAAAGAGCACAAAGAGAAAUAUGUGGAGCACAGACAGGCUCAUGGUGCGAGUCGUGAGCCUCUGCUGGAGAACAUCACCAGCGAUUAUGACCUGGAGCUGUUUCGGAAAGCUCAGGCACGUGCCUCGGACGAUCUUGAGAAGCUGCGGCUCCAGGGUCAGGUGUCUGAGGGCAGUAAUAUGAUUAAGACUAUCGUGUUCGGACGCUAUGAGUUGGACACUUGGUACCACUCGCCCUAUCCUGAAGAAUAUGCCCGUCUGGGACGCCUCUACAUGUGUGAAUUCUGCCUGAAAUACAUGAAGAGUCAGACCAUCCUCAGGAGACACAUGGCAAAAUGUGUGUGGAAGCAUCCGCCAGGUGAUGAGAUUUACAGAAAAGGUGUGAUCUCUGUGUUUGAAGUGGACGGCAAGAAAAACAAGAUCUACUGCCAAAACCUGUGCCUCUUAGCCAAGCUGUUCCUGGACCACAAAACUCUGUACUAUGAUGUGGAGCCCUUUCUCUUCUACGUGAUGACUGAAGCAGACAACACAGGCUGUCACCUCGUGGGAUAUUUCUCAAAGGAGAAGAACUCCUUCCUGAACUACAACGUUUCGUGCAUUUUGACCAUGCCUCAGUACAUGCGACAGGGCUACGGCAAAAUGCUGAUUGACUUCAGCUACCUGCUGUCGAAAGUGGAAGAGAAGGUGGGCUCACCUGAGCGACCCCUGUCUGACCUUGGCCUCAUCAGCUACAGGAGCUACUGGAAGGAAGUGCUGCUGCGGUACCUCUACAACUUCCAGGGGAAAGAGAUCUCCAUUAAGGAGAUCAGCCAGGAAACAGCUGUGAACCCUGUUGACAUUGUCAGCACCUUGCAGUCGCUCCAGAUGCUCAAAUAUUGGAAAGGGAAGCACUUAGUCUUAAAGAGACAGGACCUGAUCGAUGACUGGAGAUCCAAAGAGAUCAAGCGUGGAAGCAGCAAGACCAUCGACCCCACAGCCUUGAAAUGGAGCCCACCUAAAGGAACCUAAAGCACCCUCAGCAUCUCUCCACACUUCCCCCGCUGCUCUGUGGUCACUGUUAGGAUAGUUUACUGCAUAAUAAACAAUAGUUACAGUAGUCUCCGCUACAGUCAGCAUGUUCUCAAAACUUACCGUGUUACGUAACAAUCUAGUUCAGUUUUAGAGUCCUGCUCCUGCUGAGUCCCUGCACUGCACGUUUUAGUGUUGUCCUACUCCAACACGGGUGUUUAACCAGCUUGUCCAUGAAAGACUAGCUUGGAUGAAACCAUCAGUGAUGGCAAGUAACUAAGCACAAAUACUUUGUUACUUUAUUUAAGUAGAAAUGUUGGUUAUCUGUACUUUACUAGAGCCAUCAUUUUUCAGCCUUCAAACUUCAACUUCUACUUCUUACGUUUUAAAAAUAUUUACUACUUAAUAAUUAUUACUACUGUUUUAUUUCAGCUAGAUUUCAUUCAGUCUUCUCAUCGUUCAAAAAAUAAAACCCUAUCCAGAUAAAUCUCUCCAUCCAGAUAGAGUGAAUCUGAUUGUGGUUGGAUGUAGAGAACUAUAAACAUUUAUCCAGGUGUGAUGAUCCUGGUUUAUACAGGAUCAUCACACCUGCACACAUCACACCCACACUCCAGCUAGAACAUAGCAGAUAUAUACUAUGUCUAGUGUGAAGAUUAUCUGUGCAGAGACUCAAGAUAACUCAAGCUUUAAUAUAUUAAAAAGCUUUUGUCCUCGAUGGCAUUUUUCCCCUUUACAUUACUUUUAUUUUUAUGCUGUAAGUUAACAGUAAAACAGUACUUUUACACUUUUACUUGAGUAAAUCUCUAGUAAACUCUAGUAUCUAUACUUCUACCUGAGUAAUGAAUGUGAAUACUUUUGACCCCUUUGGAAAUCAGUUUUUCGGCAGGUUACCGUGCAGUUAUCUGUUCUCUGCUGCUCUCCUCCAAUGAAUGUCGCCUCGCUUUACCAAACAAAUAUUCACACAAAGCAAUCCAGACUGUUCUCAUACAGAGUUCCCCAAUGGUGGAACAAACUACCUUCCACUACCAGAUCAGGAGAAUCUCUCGCUAUCUUUAAGAGACUCCUGAAGACAGAGCUCUUCAAAGAGCACUUACUCUCCUAACACCUCUAACACACUAACUACUUCUAACCUCAUUUCCUUCUUCCCCUCCUUCACUUCUCUAUCCCAUUAUUUCCCUUCUACAUCCUUUAGGCCCUAUCUAAAGAUGUUUUACCUUUAAACUUCUAUUACUUUUGUACUUCACUAGUGUAAGUCGCUUUGGACAAAAGCGUCUGCCAAAUGUAAUGUAAUGUAAUGUAACAAUAGAGCUUUCCCUUUCUAAACUCAAAUGAACUAGCUCUCAACAGACUGAAAAUGGACAUCACCUCUUUUAAUACUUUCCUGAUCAUCCUUUGAAAAAAUAUGACAAUCCAGUAAAUGAUAAGAAGGCUACAGUCAGCUUUGCUCUGGUGUAGCUAAAAAGAGUUCUGGACAAAUUUAGUUUCCAAAGAAGUGAUAGAGGUGUUUUUUAAACCCUGUUAAUUUCUGUCAAUUAUGAGCCUAACAAUAUGUUGUUAUUUUGUAGUGUGUUGUAACUUAUGCGCUCUUGAAAAAACUUCCCAAGAAUUUGAUAUAAACAGCCAGCAGUUCCUGUAGUUUUAAAUCGUGUACAUAAUGCAUUAUUAAGCAUUUUCUCUUGUGCUGAAACUGGAAACUCGACUUAAAAACAAAAAGCAAUUUAAAGACAAAUGUUAUAAGUUGUUUUUUUAGAAAAAGGUCAUUUAAAAUCCCACCUCUUUAAAACUUUUUGGGAACGUAUGUGGUCGAUCAGCACUGUCUUUCUUGUCUUAAAAUUUUGUAGCUGUUUUUUUGGCACUGAAUGAAGGAUUCCACAAGAAACAAAAUAGUCUGUUUUUAGUUCUCAGAGCUAUGAUGCUGUUACGCUGCAUUUACACUGCUCUGACUCAUCAAACGCACAUGAAUGCACUGCCCCCUCUAACUGGUCGCAUGUGGCCAUUACAAAAGCGUUUUCUGCGUGGUCCAACUAAAUAGUUUUAGUAAAUGUGAAAUUGUUUUAUACAAGCUUUAUUUCCUAUAAACGAAUAAAUAUAAAUGUAUAUUAAUAAAUAUAAAUGUUCGAUUGAGCUUCAUUACACUGUCUAGUAAGCAGUAUAUAGGCUUACAAAAGCAGUCUUUUACAAUUAAAUUAAAUAUUAAUAUUUUCAAAACCCACCAGAGACCACAACAAUCUCUGCAGCCUUUCUCCACGCUGUAUUACGCUGAUCAGAGUGCCUGUAAAUCAGUAGGGAUUAAGCAUAAAGGACGUUUCUUCCAUGCUUCUCUGAAACUCUCGAAAGUGGAACUAAAAUGUUUUCAUACACUGCGCUGAGGGCACAUAUCAGGCAAACACCUGCACUCUGAUUGGAUAGACUCAUCGCUUUGGACAAUUUUUUUUUUUUUUUGCAUAAAGUUCACCUCAGCUCAACUUUAUAUUGCAUCGCAUCCCCUGGACUAUAAAAAAAAAUUAAGUGUUGUUAUGAAGUAAUUCAGCUUUGGGAGCCCUCAUCUUUCUCUUCCUGAAUAGCCAUAAUUUGUGCCAUGUUUUAAACUAGCAAAACACGAAAUUAACUCACUUAAAUACUACAAAUACGAUAUUUUAGCUUAGACUUUCUGUUAUAGUCAAAUGCAGGGUCCUCAACAUUUCUUAUGACAUCAUUAUGAGGUUAAAACAAGCCUGUGUUAUGGAAACAAUAAAAUGUGCACUAUGGGGAAUUUUACAAGAGCAGGACCACCGAAUACUGAUCAGCCAUAUAAGCCUAGCUAACGCUUCAACAGUAGCAAUAUUACUAAUAUUAUUCUGUCUGUCACUGAAACGGCAAGUAAAACACUGUCAGUGCGAAACACCAUUUCAGCACAUUCAGUAUUUAGCUGGUUUCUUUCCUUUAGCUACCUCUGUUUUACUAUGAUCUAAAAUAGUACGUAUAAAUUUGUGGUUAUAGAAGAGUGCUGAUGUUUGGUGUACUGUAUUUUUUACAGUAUAAAGUUAUUAAAGUUAUUAAGGCCUUUAAUUAAAUAGAAAAGAUUGUAGUUCUAGUUUGACUAUUGGUCAAAUAUAACUAAGUAAAUAACGCACAGUGUUGAGAUGUAGCAGCAAGUUUUUGAAUUAAACCAUCCCUUUUUAUCACUUAAGAAAAAAACAUUUGAUACAUCAGUAAUUUUAUUUAUAUAUGAUGGACAAUCCCAGAAUGGUACCUUUUGCAUUAGAGGAGGGAUAAUGUUUUAGAUAUGGCAUUAGUUGUACAUAUUAUUAUUAUUAUUAUUAUUAUUAUUAUUAUUAUUAUUGUAGUUACAGUGAAAUAAAACAUACUAUUGACCUGUUUUAAUUUUGUCACUUUGGACCCAAAUCCACAAAUGUCAUUUAAGUGGCAGCUACAGUCACUGUAUGCCUUGGCUGCUGAAGCAGUUUGUGUAUUGGCUUGUUUGUGAAAGUAGAGUAGGAUCCUUCACUUCCUCUGAACUUCUGUAAUGCACUAGUAAAGCACUCUCUGCACAGCGAAGCGCCAAAUGCCUGUCUGAUGAUGAUGUCAGUAUGUUGUUGUGCAGCACUUUGUUUUUUCGCUCCUUCCCAAAUAAACUCUUAUCUAAUCUA